GCGGGAGGAAGCCGGAAGCCGUCAGACAGCAUCACUGUCAAUGUGGAGCAGAGACCCGGGGCUAGAAUGCCGAUGUCUGGGCAGGUAAUGGUCAGAGUGGGGUGGCCAGUGGUGCCUCCUCCCGGACCCCCUGAUGGUGAUGGUUGUGUAUGGGAACACAGUUGACCACCUCAUCCUCCCACCACCUCCAUACCACUACACCCUCCCCAGAGCCAUGGACGAGGACCAUCCCAAGAGCUCCUCUGCCACUCCACCCUCUCCGCCGCCCUUAUUGGAACGCCGUCUUCGCCAGCGCUCAUCAGCCAUCACCCUGCUUAAAUCCAAAAUGAAACAUGGAGUCGAUUGUUCCAUGCCCAAGGUCCGCUCCACCCUCACUGGCUUCUUCCCGGUGGUGCGCUGGCUGCCUAAGUACAAGCUCAAAGAAUACAUGUGGGGUGAUAUCAUGUCUGGUCUCAUAGUGGGAAUUAUCCUGGUACCACAAGCCAUUGCCUACUGCCUGCUGGCUGGAGUUGACCCCAUUUAUGGUCUGUACACGUCAUUUUACAGCAACAUCAUCUAUUUCCUCAUGGGCACUUCUAGACAUGUGUCAGUAGGGAUCUUCAGCCUCAUGAGCCUACUGGUUGGACAGGUGGUGGACAGGGAGGUGUUCAAAGCUGGCUUUGACACCAGUGAAGACUCCAAAAUAUCCAAACUGGGCCUGUUCAAUGGUACACUGGAUGUUAACUUGACCACGAAAACUAUUGAGCUCUUCGGGGUGGAGUUUGAGAAAGAGACCUAUGCUAUUCUGGUGGCUACGUCACUGACAUGUCUGGCAGGAAUUUAUCAGGUGCUAAUGGCAGUGUUCCGCCUAGGCUUCGUUUCUGUUUACCUUUCUGCUCCGAUGUUGGAUGGGUUUGCCACAGGGGCCUCGUUCACUAUCCUGACUGUCCAGGCUAAGUACCUCGUAGGGCUGAAGAUUCCACGGCACCAAGGUCCCGGUGUGGUGGUGGUCACAUGGUUCAACAUCUUUGCAAAUAUUCACAAUACCAACUUCUGCGACCUCAUCACCAGUGCCAUAUGUAUCUCUGUUCUAGUGGCUGGUAAAGAGCUCCAAGACCGUUACAAAGACCGCCUGAAGAUCCCUCUGCCCACUGAGUUAGUGGUCGUGGCAGCUGCGACUCUGGCCAGCCAUUUUGGAGACCUGAAUGGUAAAUACAGCUCCAGUAUUUCCGGGCACAUCCCCACAGGCUUCAUCCCGCCCAAAGCACCCAGCUUAAACAUUAUGUCACAAGUCGCACUGGAUGCCAUUCCACUUUCUGUUAUCAGCUUUGCCUUCACUGUGUCACUGUCUGAGAUGAUGGCGAAGAAACAUUGCUACUCGGUGCGACCAAAUCAAGAGAUGCUGGCGAUCGGCUUCUGCAACAUCAUCCCCUCUUUCUUUCACUGCUUCACGACCAGUGCUGCACUGGCCAAAACCAUGGUCAAGGACUCCACUGGCUGUCAGACACAGGUCUCCAGUCUCAUCAGUGCCUUGGUUGUCCUUCUGGUCCUCCUGUUCUUUGCCCCCUUCUUCUACGCUCUUCAGAAGUGUGUCCUGGCAUCUAUUAUCAUUGUCAGCCUGCGGGGGGCGCUAAGGAAAUUCAAGGAUGUCCCAGCAAAGUGGAGAGCUAGUCGGGAGGAUACUGUUGUUUGGCUUGUUGCCAUGGCAGCCACAGCACUCAUCAGUGUGGAGUUGGGUCUUCUGGUGGGCAUUGUCUUUUCCAUGAUUUUGGUCAUCUACAAGACUCAGAACCCUAAGGUCUCACUUUUGGGACGGGCCAGCGACUCCGACGUUUACGAGGAUGUGGAUGAAUACAAAAACCUUCUGCCCCCUGCCCGAGUGCAUGUGUUCCGCUACCAGGCUCCUCUGUACUACGCCAACAAAGACGCCUUCCUCAAAGCCCUGUACAAACGCGUGGGAGUCGAACCAUUCUUGGAGCUGACCAGGCGAACAAAAGAACAGAAAAAAGCAAAAAUGUCCGCCAAGCAAGCCAGUGACGAUAAAACCAACGGGGAGGUGGUGGUCGGGCUUAUUCAGAGCGAGUUGGACUUCCACUCGAUAGUCCUGGACUGCUCUGCCAUCCCGUUUAUAGACUCAUCUGGCAUGGCAACACUUAAAACAGUGGUCAAAGAGUACAAAGAUAUUGGGGUCUGUGUGUAUCUGGCCAGCUGUAAUACUUCAGUCAUAGACAUGCUACAAAAGGGAGAGUUCUUUGGGAAAAACAACCUGCACAUCGGUCAGUUUUUGUUCCAUACUGUGCACACUGCAGUGGAAUACGCUUUGGCAUGUAAAGCAGCAGACGGAGAAAGCAAGUCAGCUGCUUCUAUGGUGUAGGAACCUGUCCUGAAGUUAAAAGUGAAACUAAAUACCUAAACUCCUCCCACAACCACAUUUCAAAUAGAGCUGCUAACCUGGACUAAAGGCGAGAAUGAGGGGGAAGAAGGGGCGCCAAAAACGACUAGGAACAGUGGGAAAUGCUAUAAAAACACCAUGUAUUAGUGUUUGGUUCCAAAUGGGGUGGAAAGAGAGGUCUAGAGCUAUUGUAGAUGUGUUCACUGCACUAGUUCGUUUUUCGUUAUGUGAACUUAACAGAUGAAAAGGACAAAAAAAAACAACUGUUUAUUUGCAAAAAACAAAACAGAUUAUCGCACUUUUUUGUUUUUAUAACUAUAGUCGAUAGUGAUUGUAGCCUGAGGAACAGCAAGUGACCAAGAGCUAUGGACAUAUAAGUAAUUUUUUAUAAAGUGAUCAAAAACAACAGAUGCUUUGUUCUCUCUGCCUCCAUCUUGACAUGCGUGUGGUUUCAGACUGAGAUAAGUGGAAUAAAGUGACAGUACUUCUGUUUAAACAAUGGCUGUAAUCCAAGAAUCUGAAGUAGUAUUUCGUUCUCUGCAGUAUCUACUGAUUCAUUGCACAUAGUAAUUGUUGGCAUUACAUGGUCAUAUAGUGUUACAUUAUUCUAGUGAGCAUUUGUGUUGUCAAGAUACAAACAUUUCAAACUUGAUUUCAAUACUAAUAAAAAGCCUUGAUACUCAAUACAAAACAUUAGAAUGUGUUCUAUAGUUUUGAUACUAGUUUUAGUAUAGACUAGUAUCUGAUUUUCGAUACUUUUGACAACCCUAGUGUGGAUUAACCUUUUAAAUUUCUACAAGAGGGAACAAACUGCAUUAUUCACAAUUGCAAUGGCUGGUCGAGGAUUGUAAAUUUGUACUUUUAUAUGUUAAUUUUUCAAGGUAAAGAAAAGGAAAAAAUGUUGUUUUAUAGUUUUUUCAGUCACGUGAACUCUUAAUAAAUUGAUUACACCAACAUUUUACAAAUCAUUUUUUAACCUGCUGGCUGCAACAGUCCUAUUAGAAGAGGUCAUAAUGUUGGACCUGUCACAUGCUGUUCUCUUCCUGUCCCUGUGAUAGCGGGGCAGUGAAGCGC